AUGUCUGCCUAUGCAGCUGUCAGUGGGUCAGUACUUUCAUUCAUGCAGUCGUCUUUUGCUAGAAUGGCCAAUCUAGAGACAUUGAGCGAGAGACUGAGGUCCUCUGAGCUAGCCGUAAAUGUUAGUUGUAUGAUGGGCGCAUUCCUCCUCACCAUGUCCCAAAGACUUGGAACCGAAAAUUCUAAACUUUCCGGCUGA